GUGGGAGAGAGGCCCCGGUAGCGGCCGGCUGGAGUUCUCGGAGGGACUAUCCUCUCGCGGAGGCGGCGGCUCUAGAUCUCCUGGGAGCACCCCCCUCCAUCAUCUCCCAUGCCUCUGGGACUUGGCCGGAGAAAGAAGGCACCACCCUUGGUGGAAAAUGAGGAGGCAGAACCUGGACGGGGUGGGCUGGGUGUGGGGGAGUCAGGGCCACUAGGUGGGGGUGGGGGAGGGGGGCCCCACGUGGGCCUACCUCCCCCACCCCCAUCUCUUCGGCCCCGACUGGUGUUCCACACCCAGCUGGCCCAUGGAAGCCCUACUGGUCGAAUUGAAGGCUUCACAAAUGUGAAGGAAUUGUAUGGCAAGAUUGCUGAGGCCUUCCACCUGCCCCCUGCUGAGGUAAUGUUCUGCACACUCAAUACACACAAAGUGGACAUGGAGAAGCUCCUUGGAGGCCAGAUUGGGCUGGAGGACUUCAUCUUCGCCCACGUUAAAGGCCAGCGCAAGGAAGUAGAGGUGUUCAAGUCAGAGGAGGCCCUGGGGCUCACCAUCACUGACAACGGGGCUGGCUAUGCCUUUAUCAAGAGGAUCAAGGAGGGGAGUGUCAUUGACCGAAUCCAAGUGAUCAACGUGGGUGACAUGAUAGAAUCCAUCAAUGGGCAGAACCUUCUCGGCUGCCGACACUACGAGGUGGCCAAGAUGCUCAAGGAUCUACCCCGAGGCCGCACCUUUACCCUCAAGCUUACGGAGCCUCGAAAGGCCUUUGACAUGAUCAGUCAGCGGUCCGCAGGGGCUCGCCCUGGCUCUGGACCCCAACUUGGCACUGGCAGGGGGACCCUUCGCCUCCGAUCCCGGGGUCCAGCUACAGUGGAAGAACUGCCUUCAGCAUUCGAGGAGAAGGCCAUUGAGAAGGUGGAUGACCUGCUAGAAAGUUAUAUGGGCAUCCGGGACACAGAGCUGGCAGCCACCAUGGUAGAGCUGGGCAGGGAUAAGCGGAACCCAGAUGAGUUGGCGGAGGCAUUAGACGAACGACUAGGUGACUUUGCCUUUCCUGAUGAAUUUGUCUUCGAUGUGUGGGGAGCAAUCGGCGAUGCCAAAGUUGGGCGCUACUAGGACUCAAAUUGGACUGACUCCGAGGAAAUGUGGGACGGAAUUAACAUGAGACAGUGCCGAGGGGCCUUGGAAGCAAAAAGUCUGGGAGACCAGACACCUGGGGCCCAUCCCAGCACCAUCAUUGCUGUUUAGAGGACAGAGCACUGAAGAGGUCUUUGUCUGGGGGCUUAGAGAGAAAGGAGGAGGGGUCAGAGAGAAGAGCUGGGCCAAGGAUUCAGGCCCCCAGGCCCUCACCACCAUUACCACCACUGGAAUCCAACAUUCCCCAUACAGCCAGAGUAGGAGGGGAGAAGGCCUGACCCUCAAUGCUCUUUAUCCGAUCGGUACAGCCCCUCCCUCCUCAGCCUGACCAGGGUCUCCAGGGAGCCCCCCUCCUCCCUUUCCCACCUACCUCAGUGUCUAGAUUGGGGAAGAGAGAACUGGGAAGCCUCCCCCUUCUUCCCUCCUCUACUUUUCCACAUCAGCUGCCAAACUGGCCCCACUCCCCUCCCUGGGGCACCCAGCUCUGUUUCGUGGAAGAGCCUAAGACCUCUGCCUGUUUCCCUGGCAGAGGAGGGGAAAAGAGGGGAGGGGCAACCAGGCAGCCACUUUCCCCCCUUACCCCAGAAACUGCAAUAUGGUCACCAUCACCACUAGGAGACUCCCCAGACUUUUUACCUCUGUAUUUGAACUUGACUGCUGUGAACCCAUCCCCUGGUCUAGGACUGACUUCCCUUAGGGGUUCCCUGGAUUCCCCAGCUGCCUUCACUGACUUUGAGGGGGUGGGGCAGGCCUUGACUGGGGGGUUUUCUAUUUGAGUUGUCUUUAACAUAAAGAGAUCUCUUGAGUGGAGCUGAGCUGCGUGGCCUGAGGGGUGGGGGGCUGAACUGGAGCUGGGAAAGAAUGUGUAGACUGAAAUCCAUCCUCUCUGUGGCCCAAAUUGAAUUAGGAGACCUUGGCCCAGUCUUCCCCUGCCUCCUCCCACCCACCGUUCUGCCUGAUUAGUGCUUAGGCCCUACCUCCCAGCUUCUCAGCAAGAGAAGUUUUCAGCUCAAGGUUUCAACUGGAUGAGAAGUUUGAACACUUCAGUUCAAGUUCUGGCUGCCACUAAUUUGCUGGGUGACUUUCCCCUCUGGGCCUUCUUUUCCUGUAUAAAUUGAGGGGGUUUCCAAGGUCCCUUCUAGCUCCGAGCUUCUUUAUGACCAUUUGCUUCCCACUUCCUGAAAUAGUGGAGAUGGUGGGCUCUAAACAUUCCCCUCACCCCAGAGGCCAAGAAGGUUCAUGUGUGGCUCUGGUGGCCCUUGUCCCUCUAGACACCAGUCACAUAGCAGAGACUUUGUCCCAUUAGUAAUAAUACAUUUUUAUGUUUUACAGUUUAGAAAAUAUGUUCCAAACAGCCCUAAGGAAAAAUGGAAGGAUUGCUUUCCCAUUUUACAGUUAAAGAAACUGAGCUCCAGAGAGGGAAUUGAAUUCCUAUCUGCUGAUUCAGAUUCAGCACUCUCAGAGGGCACAUGGAAGUCUCCAAAUGUAGCCCAAAAAUGAAACAAUGGGAGAGGAUGGCUGGAAUCCAGAGGGGCAGAGACCCAUUCCCCUUUCCCUCCUGAGGGUUGGUCCUUUUGGGCAAGUUCCAGCUUUAACAUAUCUCCAUGAGUGACCAAGCAGUAACUGCCACUUGUUCAGCCUCUGUUUCCCCUUCUAUAAAGUGAUGCAGUUGGACCAGUCUAAUCCCUUCCAGAUCCAGAGCCUCUGGUUCCCAUGAGUUCUGCCUCUAGGCAUAUGGCCCUAGUCAGGGAGCUUCCUCUCUGGGUCUCUGUCUCUUCCUUGGGCCAGACAUAUUCUAAGAGUUUUGAGAGUAGACGCCAACCAGAGAACAUAGAUGGCUGACCCUGAUGAACAGUAGGGACCUUCCCCUGCCACUGAGGCUGGACCCCUCUGGCCUUGGGCUGGAGGACAGGCCCUGGCUGGCUGGGCUGAUGGGGGAAGAUGCAGGGAGACUGACAUAAACCCGA